AGGUCGUAAAGAAAUUUUGUUUAAUUUUAAUUUAAGUGACUAUAUUAAAAAAAAAUGAACAUGAUUCGUAUGAAAAUCAAUGAUAAGUAGCUCAACUAUUAUUCAUUAUAUAAGUCUACAGUUACAGAAUUCACACACUCUACUCUAGAUCUAUGACUUGUCACUUGGAGACGAUAUGAUUUUAUUUAAUUGAAUUGCGAUUCAAACAACAAUAACAAAGUGAUUGUUCAAUGAAUCAUGAAUUAAAAUUAAAUAAAUAUAUAAUAAAUGAUCAAGGUAAUCAAUGAUAAUGACUUGAUUUUUGAAAACUUCACUACACUUAGUUUUAUUAAUCUAGCUCAAGAACUGAAGGCGAAGAAGGAAGUAGUUUGACUCAAACUUUGAGUUUGAGAAUAGAUUGAUGAAUAACAAAUCAGUUAAUAACAUUAGUAAUAAUAAUAAUAGUAAUGGUCUUAAUUUUAAUAGUCUCGUUUUAUUUAAUUUUGUCACCAGCCUGCGGACUGAUGAAGAAGGCAUCUAAUCUAGUUUGGCACUCCUCAGAACGGCGGUCCCAAAUUAUAAAUAAUAAAUAUAAUACUAAUACUAUUCAUUAAAAAUCGUCUGGCUUCCAGCCUAAAAGCCACUUAUGUGACUUAUAUUUGGUGACUUACAUGUAUUCAUUUUUUUAAUAUCGCGAUCUUCAUCAGGCUCUUCACUAUCAUAAUCUCCUGAAAUAAAAAAAUUUUUUUUUUUUUUUUUAAAAUUGGAAAAAAGAAAAAAAAAUGUGAGAAACAAAAUUUAUCUCUGUUACUGUUAAAUUACUGUUUUAUAUUAUACGGCACGGUGUUCAGCAAACUACCAAUGCUGGCCUUCAGGGUGUGUGACCUGUCCCCUCACACAGGGCGUCUUGGCCAUAAGGGCGCCAACUAAAAAUUUAAAUUCCCUUACUUUAUUAUAGUAUUUAUAGUGAUGUGUGAACCUUGGGUCCAGGGUCGAGAAACUGUAUUCUAACUUUUUGUACACAGCGUUUGCUUAGGGCACCAUCAAUGAUCUUCGAAAUUAGGAAAAAGCAUUGCAUGUGGGCACCAUGGAAGAAAAAUAGAAAGGGCAAUAAAAAAGAUAUGCUGAUACAAGUUAACAAAAACGACUUUAUUGUUCAUUGUUUGUUUGAAAAAAAUAACAUAGGUAAUAAACUCAUUACUGAAUAACUAGUUUUUCCAUUAAUGAUUAUACUUAAAGUGGCAUCAAAUUAAGCUUGCUCAGGGUGCCAGCAACCAUCGGGCCAGCCCUGAAACCACACUAACCAAAGCAUUAAGUGCCUUAAGUGUCAUAAGUUUGUAGAAUAUUUCCUGACAAAACAGUAUUUGAAAUAUGAACUGGCGCUUGUUGUCUGCCGGCCAUGGUAUUGUUUAUUUUAAUAUUAUUACAAGCAAAAAUUAGUCUGCUAACAAGAUUUGAAGUAAAAAAUAACGUCACAAAUUAAUUUCUAACGAAAAAUAUUCUAUUUCUAAUUUGGGACCGCCGUUCUAAGGAGUCCCUCUAGUUUAUCUAGUACCAGUGUCGGGUGUCAUCCGUUUGAUCUCAAUUACAUUGAUAGUAAUAGUAACUAUUCUAUUUUAAACGUUCUUUUGAUUGUCCUGUCUUUCCAUUUGAAGCCUAAACUUAUCAUGUUCCUCAAUUUUUAAUUGAAUUUGCAUGAUUUUUUUAUAGUUUUUUUUGUUGAAAUGUGUUGAUUUUUAACUUUUUGCCAUUCAUCAUUAAAUUUAAUGUUAAAUUAUAAUUUUUAUGCACCGCAAGUUUCAAAAAAUGCUUUUUUAAAAAUAACCAAUUUUUAUCAAUUUCCUUAUUUUCAUUUGCUUUGGUAAGUACGGUAGCUAAAACAAAACAUAAUCUCCAUUUCCCCUCCCUAUUUUAGCAGGCGUGUUUUUGCACUACUAUAUUUGAUAUGGCUGUCAUCUUUGUCUGCUGUCAUGGCAACGAAGAUGGUGGCCAUCUUAAAAAAGUACUGCACAUAUGCUGUAAAUAGUAGGAGUUGGAUAUUGUAAAUUUACCAAAAGGUUGUUCUCCAUCACAGUCAUGAAAAGUAAAUCUUUCUGCAACACUAUGUGACAUUGAGCUUCACUUUUGUUAUACUGUAAAUAUAAAAAGUCUACGUUGACAUAAUUCCAACCUUUCAAAAUAAUUUAAUUAAUAUGAGAAAUGCAUGUUAAAUUGUUACGGGCAAAAUUAAUUAACUUGUUUUUUGUUUACGAUGCAGGAGACUAGAGCGAAGGAACCCUGAGCCAGACAGGAAUUAAGUCUUAUGAAGCAGGAAUACCAUCAUUUUAAAUUAGCCACUUUCUUAUGGAUUUAUAGGAUGAUGUCCGUUCCAUAACACAGAAAAAUAAUCUAGUGGUACAACUGUUUAUUAUUAAUCCUUCAUCAUGGCUAUGAUGGACAAUGUUGACUUUCUCAUUAGUCAUAUACGCAAUGCCUUUGUAACGAGUGAUGACACCAGCAUGUCAGAAUGGGUCAUCACAGAAUGCCGUGCCCAGGAUGAGACUGAGCUCAAGCGUGAUAGCAAUCCUCGGUAAGCUGGUGCAGUUUCUUUUAAAGUUUCUUAAAUUAUAUUUCAAAUUUUAAUAAUGAAUUUAUUUGUAAAACACCCAGUCAUAGAAAAAAAAGAAUAUUAAAUUAAAGUGACAAAAAUGACAGUGGCAAUAUUAAAAUCAUCAUUUUGGAUUUGUUUUUUCUAAAAACCCUUAUUGUUACUUAUUGUUUUGAAUCCUGAUUUUUAAAUUACUUUUACUAUUUAGAGGUACAUUCAAACCAAGUAAAAAAAAAGAAUACUAUUUUGAAUCACCUAUAUGCUGAAGACGGAUGAAUUUAUUUCUACAGGUACAACAGGAAUAACAUGAAUAUCCGCAGCGACAGUAUGAGUGACUGCCCUUCUGAUAAUGAGAUUAAAGGAUCGAUGGAUAUUCAUCCUGAUAUGGACUUUGGUUAGAAUUAUAUUUCAUCCGUGUUAAUCCAUCUAAAACAAGUAACAUUUAGAGUGUUGAUUAUUCCAAAUAUGCCCAAUAUUUUUCAAUACCAAACCAUGUUCACUGACCCUGCUAGACACUUUACAACAGUGAAAAGUUCUGUACAAAGCAGUAAUCUCAUUAAUUUUAUUAAUAUUUGUAUCAAGUCUUUAAAUUUAUACAAUCCAGCAGUUUUUACUUUCUAUAUAAUUUAAAUAUUUUUAUGAGAAAAAUAGCUUUAAUUCGCAAACUUGAUUUAAAAUUUAAUUGCUUGAUUUUAACUUAUUUUAACUCAUUUUAUUGGACUCAGAUUAGUUUGUUUUUUUCAAAAUGACUUGUGAGACACAAGUGCUUAUAAUAAAUAUUGAAAAAAAAAAUUAUAUUUUACACUACAAAAUGACCUCUGAUACCCAUUACUGCUAAACAAAGGGAUUUAUUAAGAUGAAAAAUUAGUCAAUUUUAUCUUGCCUCUGAAUGAGUAAAUAAUGUUAAAUAAGAUAGAGGCUACUAUCAGUGAGGUUCCAACCAAUUUGAUAAAUCUAUCAUAUAAAAUUAGGUAAAUUUAUUAAUGAUUUUAAAAAUGUCAUCUGGCACCCGAAAGGGAAUUUAAGGGCUCAAAUUUUUAAAACAUGGAUGCAUUGUUACAUUGAUUAAUUUUAUCAGGAGCUCACAGACGUAGAUCAAAUACAGCACAGAGACUGGAACGUCUGAAAAAGGAGAAGAGGACACAGAGCAAGAUGAAAACAAUACAGUGGAAAGAUGCACCAGAGACAUACAAAGGUGACCAGUGGAUACUCCAUGCAUGAUGAUGUUUGGUGUGCUUUUAUCUUGAGAUGCAUCGUUUUAAUUUUAUAAAACUAUUUCCUGUAACCAGCAAAACUAGACUGUAUAUUUAUAAAGAAAGUUUUCACUACCAUUUUAUUAUUUUUUUUAAUAUAAGUAUCCAGACUUGAAUACAUUUUUUAUAAAAGUGUUGCUAAACCUUUAUGCAGUGGAAAUAAAUAUUAACUUAUUUAUGUUUUGGAAAGGAAGACAUAAAUGCUGGAUUAUUUAUUUUAUUUUGAAAAAAAAUGUUAUGUUUAAAAUUUAUUACCACUUUGGAAUUUUCAUUUUGUUUUUUCUAGUUAUAAAUAAGUGGGUACACACCGGUGGUCGUCUUAUAUAUUUUAAAAUUGGUUAUAUGGGGAUGUUGAAAUUUCUACUAUACCCUUAUAUCAUUAUUGCAUAUACCCCAGUUGGAAUUUUCAAAUCAUUAAAAUAUUUUCAGCUGAGGAAAAGGGUCAUCUGUUUGAAAAAAGAAAUCUCCCAGAACUGCCCAACACAGGCUCCAACAUUCCAGAUCAAAAUAUAAGUACAACUACUUUUCAAAAUGUGCCAGUUCCUCCAGUGCUAGAAGUGACAUCAGCGUCGUCAUCACCAUCAAAGAAAGCCAAGGGAGUGUCCAUACUGUCCCAGCAGCUGGAAGAGCUUGACUCACAUGGCAGCAAUCCUUUCUUCAAAUAUGCCAAGUUUGAUGGAAGGGUCAGUCUCUUGGCUGUUCAUUUAUUAUUGUUGAGCUUUUGACACACUUGUGAUCUAAGUUUUCAAAAAACAAUAAGAACAUAUCCCUUGUAUCGUCAUUUUUGGUAUGUUUUAAUUGAAUAACAUUAUGUGCAGUUCAGUCCAUUUUCUUUCAGAGUGAACAAUGCUUUUUUAAAAAAAUGUUCUGUUCCAUCAAUUAUUAUUUACAGACAGCUGGUGGACUUCCGACCAGGAAGCUGGAGAUUUUCCUUGCCUUUGCUCCACCUGAACAUCGAGGGUAUCCUAUGUCCAUUCUAGUCACCGCCCAUGCCAAGGCUCAAGAGGUGGUUGGUCUCAUCUGCUGGCAGUACACAGAGGAGGAGAGGAAGCCAGACCUGCAGUCAGUGGCGGGACACAUUGACCCCAAGUAAGCCCAGCUGACUGUCAUUGUUUGUUUUACCCUCAUCCCACUUUAGUAUAGGUAACCAGAAAAAUCUGAUUGCACUACAGCCUUGUUAACUUAGUGUAAUUUUUUCUUUCAGCUUUUUAACUUGGUGUUAUUUUUUUUCUUUCAUAAUUGCCCAACACUUUUAAUCCAGAAAACUAUUUCUGCCCUGGUCAAUGUGCACACUAGUUUAUGUCACAAGUUUUGUUUGUGUUUGUACUUAAGGAUUAUACCUUCCCAAGAAUAUCUGUCUUACAUUCCAUCUAAAGCUGGGAACAGCCAUAGAUGAAUCAUAACCUGCUACCUCUUGUCUUGUGAGGCAGCAAUCCCUACCCAUGCGCACCAGGCUGCCCAACCAUUGUGCACCAGGCCACACAACCAUUGCACACCAGGCCACCCAACCAUUGCACACCAGGCCACCCAACCAUUGCACACCAGGCCAUCCAACCAUUGCACACCACGCCAUCCAACCAUUGCACACCACGCCACCCAACCAUUGCACACCAGGCCCCCCAACCAUUCCACACCAACCACCCAACCAAUGCACACCAGACCCCCCAACCAUUGCACACCAGGCCACCCAACCAUUGCACACCACGCCACCCAACCAUUGCACACCACGCCACCCAACCAUUGCACACCAGGCCACCCAACCAUUGCACACCAGGCCAGCCAACCAUUGCACACCAGGCCAGCCAAAAAUUGCACAUUAGGCCACCGAUUCUGUCUUGGUAUAUUACAGGGUUUAGCCCAGAAAGUUUUGUGUUACUGUUUUUAGCAUACAGAGAAUAAGGAUGAGUGGCACCAUCUUACAUGUUUCUUGUUCUAUAAUAACCCAUAUUUACUUUUUCUUUUAAGAGUGAAGUUCCUGUAUUUUAAUUAAAGUUUUCUAGAAAUUAAUUUAUUUACUUUUAAGUUUUUAAAAAUUCUUCAAAGCAGGACAAGUACAUUUUUAGUGUAAAUUAGCCCAAAAUAUAUAUUUUAGUUGUUGAAAUAUAAAAUUAACCAGACUUCAAGUUUUUUUUUUAAAUUUUUGUAAUUUAAUGUUACAAGUUACAGGAAAAGGUUGUUAAACUUUAUAAUAGUUAUUCUUUUAAGGAUUUCCUAGGAGCUUUUAAAUAUUACUUUUAAAUACUACUUUUAAAUAUUGCUACAAUUUAUAUGAAAAAAUACCUAAUUAAAUUAUUUUUGAAUGUAUAUAAUAUGCUUCUAAUUACAACAAUAAAUUAUGGAAUAUAAAUAAUUACUUUGUAAUCAAACAAAACAAUGAUUUCAUCCCCAGCGAUUUUGUGAAUAAAUUUUCCCUGCACAUGGCAGAGGACGAUGGAGAAAUCGAUACUGACUUUCCUCCGAUCAUUCCCACCGACCCAGUGUCCAAAUAUGGAUUCACAAAGUUUGCCCUUGUCGCCAACGCCCCCGUUCAACCAAAGUCAGCCCUAGUCACCAUGUAUGUCUUGUUUAACCUUAAGUUGCAGUGUGUUUCAACAUAACACCCAUAAUUUUCAUUAAUUUUUUUUUAAAUGAAGGGGUUUUGGUUUCAGCCUAGCUAUGAUAUGACAUAUGAUAUGACAUAUGAUAUGACAUAUGAUAUGACAUAUGGUAUGACAUAUGAUAUGACAUAUGAUAUGACAUAUGAUAUGACAUAUGAUAUGACAUAUGAUAUGACAUAUGAUAUGACAUAUGAUAUGACAUAUGAUAUGACAUAUGAUAUGACAUAUGAUAUGACAUCUUGAUAACAUAGAAGAUCUCAGAGAGUUUAUCAAAAGGAAAGUUAAAAAAAAAUUGCAUCAAGCUCCAUUGUUAGUUUUCUCAUACCGCAUCUAAGUAAGCGAGAUCAUAGGCAAACGUAUUCUCUAAAAUCGCUGAGUCACAUUCCUUGUUUAAAAUCUCCCCUAAGUUCCAAGUUUAUCAUUUCUCUUUUACUUCCGUCCCAGCAAUGUCCCUAACAGAGGCUUCAACAAAUUCCAAGUGGACUCCAUGACUGUGACAAUGAGAGAACUCAUGGACAAAGUCAUCAAGAAGAGGAAGAUCAAACUGAGGCCAGGUAAGGGGAAGUAAUGUCACACGCAGCACACAUUCAGUUAGUGUAAAGUCCCUUACUUUGCCAUCACAACACCACUAAAUUUCACUACCCUUUUAAAUAAUAAGGUUAGGUUAAUUUUUAAAUUCAGGGACUUCUGCAAUUCCAUACCAAAAUGAAGAAAUAGAUUUAGCAUAUAGUAAAAAAAAGAAGCAAGCUAAGCCAUUAUACUUAAUCCCACCACUAUGGAUCAUUAUGCAAUACUUUAACAAGCUCUUGGGCACAUCACCAGCCAAACUUCUGUCACAAAUUUUGAUUUACUGUAACAUUUGCCUCUGAUGCUUUUCCCCACCUUUUGAAUCUGCACUGUAGUAAACUCAAGGCAACAAGAUGACUGUAGGUACUUUUAAGUUGUCAUGAUUUUUUUUUUCCUUUUCUAAACUUUUUUACUUUAACUGCUUAAAAGAAGAGCUUGCUGUCUGCUUUGCAGCCUUGGCCCAGUUGUUUUGAUAGGGUAAGGGCCAUUGCAUGUGCUUAGAAGUGCUUCAUUAUUUUAUAUUUUAUAUACUUUUACGCUCAUUGCUGAGGCGUAAUAUUAAGUUUUAAUGUUCAGUAAUAUUCAACAAAGUUUUUGUUUUUAAUCAUUGCUGAGGCAGAAUAUUAAGUUUUAAUAGACAUUAAUUUUUAUAAGAAAUAUUUUUGUGGUGUGUUUUUUGUGGCACCCCUAAUGUAGCUUAUACCAUUGACUAUUAUGCCCUCCUGUCUCUUACCUUUACAAGUCCCUUCAAGACUUUCUUCACCUUUCUUGCUCACUUUCCAAGUAGACCUAGUUUGUCCAGCUAGCAGGAAUUAUUGCUCUAAUUUUAUUGCUUUAAAAAAAAAAAAAAAAAGAGAUCCAUGUUUGACACAGGCCACUUGUAAACCCAUCAGGUCUAAACUACACAUUAGAAAAAACUGGUAAAAGUGAAAUCGGGAAGCCGAUUCCUUUACAAGUCCCUUCAAGACUUUCUUCCCCUUUUUUGCUCACUUUCCAAGUAGACCUAGUUUGUCCAGCUAGCAGGAAUUUUUGCUCUAAUUUUUUUGCUUUAAAAAAAAAAAAAAAAAAGAGAUCCAUGUUUGACACAGGCCACUUGUAAACCCAUCAGGUCUAAACUACACAUUAGAAAAAACUGGUAAAAGUGAAAUCGGGAAGCCGGUUGACCUGGACGCCAUGCUGGGAUCUAUGAACUGCUUGGAAUUCUACCUCAUUAGAGAGAACAGUAAGAAAUUUUAUGAUUUUUUUUUUACUAGUCGAGGUGAGGUGUUAGGUAACAAAAGAUGUGACGAUGUUUUAGUAAUAUUUUAUUUGAUGAAACAUUAUCCCAUUAAGAUAACAGGACAGGUUGUUGUUUUUUUUUUUUGUUUUUUUUUUAACAAAUAUUUCCUUAGGAAAAUGAACAAUUUCUACAUAGAAUAAUGAAAACAUGCAGGUUGGCUAUUAUGUCCGUAUAGAAUAAUGAAAACAUGCAGGUUGGCUAUUAUGUCCGUAUAGAAUAAUGAAAACAUGCGGGUUGGCUAUUAUGUCCGUAUAGAAUAAUGAAAACAUGCGGGUUGGCUAUUAUGUCCGUAUAGAAUAAUGAAAACAUGCGGGUUGGCUAUUAUGUCCGUAUAGAAUAAUGAAAACAUGCGGGUUGGUUAUUAUGUCCGUAUAGAAUAAUGAAAACAUGCGAGUUGGCUAUUAUGUCCGUAUAGAAUAAUGAAAACAUGCAGGUUGGCUAUUAUGUCUGUACAGAAUAAUGAACAUAUGUGGUUUGGCUAUCAUCUCCGUAUAGAAACAUGAAAACAUAGGGCUCAGCUAUGAUGGAGUAAACCUUGCUCGAUUUGAUAUCUCUGCUAGGCUCAAGGGGUGAUGCUGAAUCCAAUGGUGAGGAGGACCAGAAGAUGGCCGAGUCACUCAUGAGUCACCAGUACAAGUCAUUCAUUGUCAGCAUGGUCCACAAGCUGAGGACCAAUACAGAGGUCCAGUUAGGUGGGUCAGCUGCUGGGUGGGGGGAGACUUGGUGUGAGUUGUGGUGGGAUGACUUAUAAAGGGGAUGUGGUUGGUUGGCUUAAAUGUGGAAUGUGGUUGGUUGGCUCAAACGUGGGAUUUGGUUGGUUGGCUUAAAUGUGGAAUGUGGUUGGUUGGCUCAAACGUGGGAUUUGGUUGGUUGGCUUAAAUGUCAAAAUGUGUGGGUCAAGAGAGGAGGAGUGCCUGGGGGAAAAUGAGACAAAAUGAACUAUUGGGUGAUUUGUGACACGGGGUUCUGCCGUGUUCAUUUGUAUGGGGUGCUGCUGUAGUGAUUUGUAUGGGGUGCUGCUGUAGUGAUUUGUAUGGGGUGCUGCUGUAGUGAUUUGUAUGGGGUGCUGCUGUAGUGGUUUGUAUGGGGUGCUGCUGUAGUUAUUUGUAUGGGGUGCUGCUGUAGUGGUUUGUAUGGGGUGCUGCUGUAGUUAUUUGUAUGGGGUGCUGCUGUAGUGGUUUGUAUGGGGUGCUGCUGUAGUGAUUUGUAUGGGGUGCUGCUGUAGUGGUUUGUAUGGGGUGCUGCUGUAGUGGUUUGUAUGGGGUGCUGCUGUAGUGGUUUGUAUGGGGUGCUGCUGUAGUGGUUUGUAUGGGGUGCUGCUGUAGUGGUUUGUAUGGUGUGCUGCUGUAGUCAAUUGUAUGGGGUUGCUGCUGGAUUAUCAUGAUCAUGACGAAUUUACAAUAAAAUCACUGCUCAAAGAAGAACACAUUAAAACAUUAAUAAGAACAUCAUUUUAUCCAUUACCUUUUCCAUUUUUUCAUGCCAGGUAUCAGUGGAGACAAGAUAGAAAUCGAUCCAGUUUCAGUAAAAGGCACAGCCCGAUUAUUCCGACAGAAAGCUGUCACAUACGAUGCUGAUUGCGUAGCUGCUUGUGACAUCACAGAGACAAAGAGUAAUGGUAAGAUAUUUCUGUAAAUUUUGUCCCCCGUGUUCAAAUAUGAAUUCUAGUUUUAUGUAAGGUCAACCAUGACGUGGUUGCUUGUAGUACUUUGGGAAUGUUCAUAAUGGCAGGUGUAUGUGUCAACUCCGUGUUUCUGCUAGAUUGGUCAACUCGUCAAGUUCCAUCAGACUUUGUAAUACAUCGUACAAUUCUCACUAUCACCGAAUAAACUCAAGUCCUUUUUAUAAUACUUAUAACUUUAAUAUCUAAUGAUAAACACAUGCAUGUACCGCAGCUCGCUAUCAGACAAAACUAAAACACAUCCUACCUCCAAAGAGUUCCGUUCAUGACUGCCAGACAAAUAAAACAUAUGUCAUAAUACAGUCUAGACAAUAGGUCACAAUCUGCAUAAAUUUAAGUCACGGAGUCAAGUGGGGGAAGAGCGUUCACUAACUAAUAAAACUCUCAAACAAACACCGCGCUUAAUGAAAAUAUUAAAUAAUAAUAGUCAGUCGCAACAAUUAAUAUUGAACUCCCAUGUUCAACAUAAUGUAAGGUUGACCAUGACAUAGUUGCUUGUAGUACUUUGGGAAUAUUCAUAAUAACAGCUGUAUGUAAGGUCGACCAUGACAUGGUUGCUUGUAGUAAUUUGGGAAUUUUCAUUAUGACAGUUGUAUGUAAGGUCGACCAUGACAUGGUUGCUUGUAGUACUUUGGGAAUGCUCACAAUGACCAUUGUAUAUUUAUAAAUCAGAGUUGAGAAAUUAUUUAGAUUUAAAUAUUCAUCCCAGUGGGACCAUUUCAGCUAUUCAAUUGGGAAGCUUUAGACUCAAAGGUUUGAAAACUACUUUUGAAAAGACAUCCAUUAAAUUUUAGGUAAUUUAUUAGCAUGAUUUCCCAUAACUUUUCCACUCAAUAUCUUUAGGUCGAGCUGUAUUCCGAAUGACGUACCUAAACGGCACAGACUAUAAACAGCACUACUUUGAAGCUGAGCAGAGCACGGCCACGGAGAUUGUGGAGAAGGUCAACAACAUCCUGGAGCUCAAGUUCAGUCCGGUCAGGAAAGAGUUUGUAUUCUCGCAGGAGAAGAAAGCGCUGCAGAAACGGGACUCCAUCAAACGGGAGUCGUCUGUCAAACUGGGUCACUGAAACACAGCUGAAACUAGAUCACCGAAUCCGCAAGAAACUAGGGCUGCUGAAUCUGCAAGAAACUGGGUCACUUUCAAACUAGGUCACUGAAACUCUUGUCAAGCUAGGUCACUGAAAGUGUGUCAAACUAGGUUACUAAAACAAAACUGUCCAACUAGGUCGCUGAGCAUGCUUAUGGUUUACUUGUUUCUACUUGUGUCCCCGUGAAAGAGAUAGUUGGCGUGUCGCACUGAACAUGGAUGUGUUGUUGUUUGUGAGUCCUAUGUGUUACCUUCUAUAGAGGUGUAGACAAUGAUAUUCACUUACCAUGGUUGUCAGGGUGUGUAGCAACAAUCUUACUUAUCACAUGUCUGAAAAACAGUAAACCAAAAAACAAAAAUCCUAAUUGAACAUGUUAUGUCUUGACAAUAAGAUUAUAAUUAGGAGAUACCCCGAUGACUUGUUUGAUACAAAGUGGUGCUCUAUUAGGGCAUACUGAUUUUAUGCAGAGAAACAAGUGGUACCCAGUAGGACAUGGCUGGUUGUUUUAAAAAGCAGGCGUUCUGUUUUUCAAUGAAAAGUACAAAUUCUGAUUAAAUCAAAUUCUGAUGAGUCUGGGCCAAUUGUUUGUAAUAGAUGUUUAAAUAAUGAAAGCACCUGUACAACAGUACUCUCUGCACCAAGCUUGAGACCUUAUUUUUACCCAAGUUUUAAUUGGGGACGGUGCUACUAUUGGGGAGGGUACUACUGUUGGGGAGGGUACUACUGUUGGGGAGGGUACUACUGUUGGGGAGGGUGCUACUAUUGGGGAGAGUACUACUAUUGGGGAGGUUGCCACUAUUAGGGAGAGUACUACUAUUUGGGAGGGUGCUACUAUUUUGAGGUUGCUACUAUUAUUGGGGAGGGUGCCACUAUUGGGGAGAGGUCUACAAUUUGGGAGGGUGCCACUAUUAGGGAGCGUGCCACUAUUAGGGAGAGUACUACUAUUUGGGAGGGUGCUACUAUUUUGAGGUUGCUACUAUUAUUGGGGAGGGUGCCACUUUUGGUGAGAGUACUACAAUUUGGGAGGGUGCCACUAUUAGGGAGAGUACUACUAUUUCGGAGGGUGCUACUAUUUGGGAGGGUGCCACUUUAGGGAGAGUGCUACUAUUUGGGAGGGUGCUACUAUUUUGAGGUUGCUACUAUUAUUGGGGAGGGUACCACUAUUAGGGAGACUACUACUAUUUGGGAGGGUGCUACAAAUACUGUUCAACCAACUAAAUGGCAUGUAGAAAAUAUUAAUUUAACAAAGCUGAUUUACAAAGAGCUUCAUUUAUUUUUAAAAGUCUUGCUAAAAGAUAAAAGUCCUCACGAUUGACCUGUCCAUUGGAGGACAUUUUGUGGACAACAAAUAUUUGAACACAAAAUUGUCACUUAAUUACAUUUGGGCAUUCUUCUAUCACAACUAUCCUAUUCAUGCCUUAUUACAUUGUAAUUUAUUAAUUGCUAUACAUCUCAAAGGCUAAAUGUCAAAUCAAUGCUUCACAUGCUGUUAGGAAUGAGAUGAUAUUGAUGACUUGUGAACAGCGUGCUCAAGUACCAGCCUGUAAUUUUAGAUCUAAGGAAGCUGUUGAUGAACUUGAUGGCAUCUAAAUGUUUGACAAGUUUUGAUGAAUCUGAUAUUAAUAGGUUGUUUUUUUUUAAUGUGAUGGGAGUCAUUGAACUCAAAUAUAUAUGAUAAACCAGUCUCUCCUUAUCUUUAGUCUUUGUAACAGUGUUGUGUCAGUGCUAAGAGUGCUGUCUCAAUGUUGUUUAAGUGCUGCCUCAUUGAUGUUAAAGUGUCAUAUCAGUGGUGUCUCAGUGAUUUCUGAGUGUCAUAUCAGUG